AUGUCGGCUUACAAAGACCAGGAUCCUCGUCUUCACGGCAUCAAAACUAAGAUUCGUGUCGUCCCAAAUUUCCCCAAAUCCGGUAUUAUGUUCCAAGACAUCACUACACUGCUGCUGGAUCCCAAAGCAUUUAAGGACACUAUCGAUUUGUUCGUUGAGCGCUACAAAGGCAAAAACAUUUCUGUGGUUGCAGGAAUUGAAGCUCGAGGUUUUAUUUUUGGUCCUCCCAUUGCACUGGCUAUAGGAGCGAAGUUUGUUCCAUUGAGGAAACCAAAGAAGUUGCCUGGAAAAGUAAUUUCUCAAGAAUAUAUCCUGGAAUAUGGAAGGGACUGUCUUGAGAUGCAUGUCGGAGCUGUUGAACCUGGUGAGCGUGCUUUAGUGGUUGAUGAUUUGAUUGCAACGGGAGGAACACUCUGUGCAGCUAUGGAUUUGCUAGAACGUGUGGGAGCAGAAGUAAUGGAGUGUGCAUGUGUAAUUGAAUUACCGGAACUAAAGGGUCGUGAGCGUUUGAACGGGAAGCCAUUGUACGUGUUGGUGGAAUAUAUGGAGAUAUGA